AAUCUCCAAAUAUAUGUAGCCAAAAAACGUUUUGUUUCUCAGGGCAUCAAGUUGUCAGCAGAGGUCAAACCAUUUGUUCCAAAACAUGCGGCGGUAACUGUGGCAUGGUCAGAACCCUCAGAAGCAUGUGUCUUUCCUAGGUACUUAACUACAUGCUACCCAUUUGUUCAGGAACCAUCUUUGGAUAAUGUUCUGGGAGAUCCUGCCUUCUGUGAAUACUCCAGCUGCUCUUACUCACCUGAUGUUGUUUCAAAUGUAUAUCCAGUAGCUGGCUCACAGUAUCAUGCUAACAACUCAACACACUAUAAUGGUUCAGGAAUAGUCAGUGAAUCUGCUGAGCAAACGUAUCCAAUCAGACAAGAAAGUAAGAAUCUUUCAAAGCAGAGGAGAUCAAAAGAGGGUGAGAAAAAAUUAGACAAGAAAAGGCAUGAUGGAGAUGACUCUUCUGUCAGAAUUGUGAACAGGACUUCAUUCCAGACCUCCGCAUGCAGCAGAGAUUCCGUGAAGCCAGACAGGUUCAAUAAAACUACAAACAAGAAGUCAACUCAAACUCCAAAACCAGAGUCUCUUCCUGUACCCACAUUUGAAGCUACCAUUCUGGAUUUCCGCAAGUCACAGGGUUUGGGAAGCAGUGAGAUAUUGAAUGUACAGCAUAAAAUUGGACCAAUAUGUUCAGCGGAAAGUAACAUUACGUGCCUUAGUCAACCACAGGUGUCUCUUUUGUUGAACACAGAGGAAGAUACUUCUGCGGAAGGCAAAGCUUCAUCAAAAAAUUUAGAUGAAACAGUAGCCAGCUUAAUUCCCUCUUCAUUUGAUGGUAGAGAUGGCUCUGCUCAGCCACAUGUGUCUUGGGCCAUGGUACUUUCACAGCCCCCAAAGAAAAUUGUGUCACCACCAGCAUCUGAAGGUCUUUCCAGAGGCAAAGGGAAGCAGGAUAGUGAAGCAAAGCAGUCAGAAACAAAAAAUGAUGCUAGUGAAACUGAGCCUGAAGAAGGGUCAGAAAAGAAGAAAAAAAAGAAGAAAAAGAAGAAAAAACCAAAGACACCCACUGAUGUAGAGAAACCUCAAAAUGAAUCUACUACAGUACAGGAACCACCAAGGAUUGAGGAUUCUGAGGAGUUUCCUGAUCUGGCAGCUGCUUCUGAUAGGAGAAACAGACUAGGAUCUCAGAAAUCAUCAUUUACUCCUGCUGUCAGAAAGCAGUCUGAAAUCCAUCUCCCCGAAGAGCCUUGGGAUAGUCGGUCUCCCACACUGGAUGGAACUUCCAAGGUGGAUGGACUGUCAGGGAAGCAAGCUUCAUCCUCUAUAUUAGAAAGAAAGAAAAUGCAGGAAACAUCCAGGAGCAGUGGUAAGAAGAGUCAAAUUCCCGUGCAAUUGGAUUUGGGUGGCAUGCUGGCAGUCUUGGAGCAGAAGCAGCAAACAGAGAAGUCAAAACAGUCUUCUAAACCUGUGGUGUUUUCAGUUGGUGGUGCCAUACCAUUGCUUUCUAAAGAACCUGCUACAGCCACAAAAAGUCACCGGUUAAACCAAGGAAAGAUGCCUCAUAACCCUUUGGAUUCCAGCGCUCCUUUGGUAAAGAAAGGGAAACAGAGAGAAGUCCCUAAAGCAAAGAGACCAACACCUCUUAAAAAGAUUAUUCUGAAAGAAAGAGAACAGCGAAAACAGCAACACCUGUUAGAACAGAGAGCAGUACCAAAAGAUGAAGAUAAUAUUUGUCAGUCUGCAGAAAAUAUUACUGAAGAUGAAAUGCUUCUACAAGAUAGUCGAGCAGCUGUUCCUGUAACGCAAGUUGCUGAAGGGUUUCUGGAGAACAUAGGGAUCAAGGAAACUACAGAAGGUUCUAUGACUUCAAAGCAGCUAACUUCCAAUCUUCCAAAAAUCCAUAGUAGGAAUUUUAGAGAUUAUUGCAGCCAGGUACUUAGUAAAGAAGUUGACAGUUGUGUGACAGAUCUCUUAAAAGAACUGGUUCGUUUCCAAGAUCGCUUGUAUCAGAAAGACCCAGUAAAGGCCAAGAUAAAACGCAGGCUUGUUAUGGGUCUUAGAGAAGUUCUGAAACAUCUGAAGCUGAAAAAACUGAAGUGUGUCAUCAUCUCUCCUAACUGUGAAAAGAUUCAGUCAAAGGGUGGGUUGGAUGAGACUCUACACAACAUUAUUGACUGCGCCUGUGAACAGAAUAUCCCGUUCGUUUUUGCCCUUAAUCGCAAGGCCCUAGGCCGCUGUGUGAACAAAGCAGUGCCUGUGAGUGUGGUGGGAAUUUUUAGCUAUGAUGGGGCUCAGGACCAUUUUCAUAGAAUGGUACAACUGACAACAGAGGCCAGGAAGGCCUACAAAGAUAUGAUAGCAGCUUUAGAGGAAGAAGCUGAAGGAGGACUAAGAGAAACCCAACCCAGCAUCUUAACCACUGAAUAUGAAAAAAAUGGCUUGUCAGAAACUGGUAAAACAUCUUCCAGGGACUCUGAUGAGGAUAUACCAAAUUAUAUUAAAAUCUGGAAGAGAAAACUUGAAGAAGAGUAUAACCCAUAUGCACUGGAACUGGAAAAGAGUGCAACUGCUGACAUGGUGAUAGUGAAUUCAGAAGAGCAUCAGUAAAUCCAGAUCCAAUUCUAUUGGGCUUUUAAUUUUUAUUUUUUUUAGACCCCUAGGAAGAAGGUAGCAAAAUAAAAUAAGUUAAGAAAUAUUUGACGUCAGCUAAGUAAACUGUUCUGAAUCCCUUUAAGCAAAAUAGACACUGGAGCACAUGAGGCACUGGCUAAUGCUUUUAUGUUCUAUGUAUUUGGCUGAUUACGAUAGCGGAUUACAACAGCAAAUUGUCUUAGUCCUGGACCAUUUGAACUGGCCUGGCAUAUUUUAAUGGUUUUAUGGACUAGCAUUGCUUCGUUAGUGAUAAAAUAUACCGAAAGAACUUGCUAGAAAGAUAAUUUUAUUUGGGAAGAGAUUCCAUGAGCCAGAAGGUUGCGGCUUGCGGGGAGUUGCUUUUUAUUUUUAACUCUUGUUUAAAGAACUUCAACUGUUUUUUGAUUGUGGGUUUGGUUUUGAUUUUUUUCUUCUAAAUAAACCUGCUCAGGUGGGCAGGCUGGCGUCAAUGUCACUUUCUUCCAGUCAGCAAGAAAUUAAUUCUGGGCAGGCAGCUUGAUUGAAACUAAUUAAGGAAGGCCAUGAUGACAAAGUUCCCAGUUAGCUCUUCUGUGUGAUAUUUUGUUCUUCUGGGAUCAUACAGCAGGUGUAAAGGAGAGAGCAUGGACUGCAGAGGUCUCAUUCCUGAAGUGAAAAUGCUCUGUUUAGAAAUUUUAUGAAGUUGAUUAAGUGUACCAUGAUGAUGUUUCUGCUUCUACUGAGACUAGUUUAUCAUAGGUCCUGCUUUGAAGUUAGAAGAUAUUGAAGGACAGCAAAUGUGUGAGCCUGCUAUCCUAUCUGUACCUUCUCCAUGCCGACAGACUCCUCAUUCCUUCAGUUUGGGGGUGUGUCAAUGUAUGUAUGUAAGAGUUUUUGAUCACUCUCAGUUUGUAUCUAAGGUAGGGAAAAUUUAUAUCUUACAGGAAACAAAACUUUAAAAACAAAAUGUGCUCAAUAAUGGUGGUGGAGCACCUUAGUGGGAAUGUCCUAUAUAAAUACCGUUGUUUACAAGUUGCAGACAUAAGAGGACAAGCCUAAAGAAAGUAAUUGGAGGAUGCACAUGUAACUUCUGUCAGCUGUUCUGAAAGAUGAUACAGAUGCCAUGUGCUGCUGCCAGCAUCUCUGAAGUGUGUCUGUAAGUGCUUCACUGCACUGAACAUUCGUAGUGCAAUACUUUGGAAAGUAGCUGCCUUGUGAAGUUAGAAGUGAUAUAAAAACUUUAAAUAAUUUUGAAAUUCUAACAAUUUUGUAGAAUGUAAAUUGUAUAAAAUCUGUUACAAUAUAUUGAUUCUAUAAAGUAUGGUUGUGACUUAAAUAAACUCUUAUGGUGGGCACUUAAUGAUACUUGAAAUGUCAGUUUUGAGGAAGAACAUUGGUAAGGGAAGCCAGCCUUAAGCUGAAAUGCAUAGUUGGUCACUAGUUAUGAUGAUGAUCUUUUUGUAUUAGUUUCUUCUAAUCUUAAAUGGCAAUUGAAGGUGAAAGAUCCCAGUGAUGAAAGAUUGUUUUGGCCAGCAGAUAUCCUUGAUUCAGAGGUAAGUUGUGAUUUAUUCGUGCUUGUGCCACUUCAGUACACUAAAACUCUGAAACUGCUAAACUUAGUCACUGCACGGAACGGGGACCAGUUGGUGAAGAUCACAUUAACAGCCUUUUUUUUUUUUGCCAUAUUUUCUAUUUUGUCUUACUGUAGGAGAGCAUGAAAAGUUACUUUGGAAACAUUAUAGGUUGUUCAAAAUCUUAGGGAGUUAUUUCCUGUUCUUAGAAUGUGGCAAAAAAAUUCACUAUAAGGGGUCACAGUUGUGUUCACUAAUUCUGUUACGCAGAUGUUUUUUCAUGAAGUUGACCUAAACAAAAACUCUGGCAAUCCUUUUUUACUACUUGCAGUACUUCACUGCCGAGAGAAGGCAAAGCUCAGCUAUGCUCAUCUAAAACUCUGACCUCAAUCUUACAAAGCCUUAUCUUCCUACUCAGCCCCACAGAACUAAACUUGUCUGCUCUGAAUCUAUUGAAUCUAAGAGGAGGGACAAUUCAAGAAAAGUCUUUUUAUAGUUGUCCCUUAGCCAUAAAAGAUGUCAUAAGAGAAACACAAUGGGG